GACCGGCAACCCGAAAGAGUGUGCACGCAAAAAUGCGGGUUAUGAUCAUGAAGCAACCCUCCUCGGCCGAGAAAUUCUCAUUUUGAGAGAGAGAGAGAGAGAGAGAGAGAGCGAGCGAUCUCGUCCCUCCUGCAACCGGUUCAGAUUGAAAUUGGGCAAUCUCCUCCGCGUCUCCCGACCAGAGUGAUCGUUUUUCUUUCCUCUCUGCCAAAGGACAAAUGGGUGGGUCUCUGAAAGAGGAGUUGGGCGUGCUCGAUGGGGACUCGUUCGUUGCCCUUCUCUCUAAGCUCAUUGGGGAGUCGAGGUACGUUCAGAACAACCCGCCGGAGCUUGUUCCCCAGGAGGACAGGGUGGUCAGGCACCUCUUGGACGCGCUGGCUCCAUACAGCAAGGAGCAAGGAGGGCCGCUUCUCCUGAACCACGCGAGCUUCGUCGAGGGAAGGGGGAACCUCAUAGUCGAGUACCCGGGAACCGUUCCCGGCAAGGUCCUCUCUUUCGUUGGCAGCCACAUGGAUGUUGUCACCGCCAACCCUGAUGAUUGGGAUUUUGAUCCUUUCAGCUUGAGUGUCGAGGGUGAUAAAUUGCGCGGCCGUGGUACAACCGACUGUUUGGGGCAUGUGGCCCUCUUGACGGAGCUCAUGAAAAGAUUGGCGCAAGUGAAACCGGAACUGAAGUGUACUGUGGUUGCUGUAUUUAUUGCCAAUGAGGAAAACUCAUCCAUAUUAGGUGUUGGGGUGGAUGCUCUUGUGACGGCAGGAUUGCUUAAUAAACUCAAAGAUGGCCCUCUAUUUUGGAUCGAUACAGCGGACAAACAACCUUGCAUUGGUACUGGUGGAAUGAUUGCAUGGAAACUGCGAGCGACUGGGAAACUUUUUCAUAGUGGCCUCCCUCACAAGACUGUGAAUCCUCUGGAACUAGCCAUGGAAGCUCUUAAAGAGAUCCAAUUACGGUUUUAUAGAGAUUUCCCUCCACAUCCGAUGGAAAAGGUUUACGGGUUUGCUACACCAUCGACUAUGAAGCCAACACAAUGGACUUAUCCAGGAGGCGGUGUGAAUCAAAUUCCAGCUGAAUGCACAAUUUCAGGAGAUUGCAGGCUGACACCCUUCUACAACCCAAUAGAUGUCACAAAGAAAUUGGAGAAAUAUGUGGAUGACAUAAAUAACAAUAUAGAGAAGCUGGAUACCAGAGGGCCCGUCUCAAAAUAUGUUGUUCUUGAAGAAAAUCUAACAGGAAGACUUCAUAUCACAUUUGAUGAGGACAUGAAGCCAGGAGUUGCAUGUAGUCUUGACUCUCUUGGUUAUCACGUUCUAUGCAAAGCUACAGAGGAAGUUGUUGGGUAUGUGAAGCCAUACUCUAUCACAGGGAGCUUGCCUUUGAUUCGAGAGUUACAGGAUGAAGGAUUUGAUGUUCAAACUGCAGGAUAUGGUUUGAUGUCAACUUACCAUGCAAAGAAUGAGUAUUGCCUUCUUCCUGAUAUGGAGCAAGGUUUCAGGAUCUUUGUCAGUAUUAUUUCCCGAUUGGAAGAAGCUGCCAACUGAGCUGCAGGCAUGCGGCGGGUCCUCAGAAGGUGCAGUGCAUGCCAUUCCUUUUGUUUCUUACUACUGUUGGUAAUAAUGCAUAAAUGAGCUAUAUGUAUGCUCGCUAAUAAGUUGCCAACUUGGGUUUGUGGGAAGAAAAUAUGUGAGCAUGGGAGCUGCUUCGUUUGCUUAGUGUUUCAUGAUUUCUGCGUACCCAUUUCACCCAGUUCAAAGACUCGAAGCUCAGGCCUAUUGGCAGCUGGAUCUACUUUUUAUUCCUUGACGAUUUGAUAGAUUGUCAGAUCUAAAGAUCAUCUAAAUGUUGGAUCCAUUGUUCGGCCCGUUUUUUUGAA